AUGGACAAGGAAAGCGCCACUCUUCCUAAUGGCGGCAGCUUGUCUCGCAAAGUGGUGGCAGUGGCUGCCGGAGAAGCCCACACUCUGGCUCUCACAGGGGAUGGCUUUGUGUAUUCAUGGGGAAGAGGCAUGUUUGGGCGUCUUGGGACUGGUGCCGAGGCCGACGAGCUCUUCCCAGUUCGAAUCAAAUUUAAUGAUCCACGUUCUGCAGAAGAAAGGAGGCUCAAGCUUGUGGGAGUUGCCGCUGGUUCUUACCACAGUCUUGCUCUUGCUGGCUUCCUCAGUUCUCUUAGUAUUUUUGUUUACACACUUUUUCCAUCCUUUCUCAAGCAAGUAAAACUGGUAUCCUUGUUGGAGGACCCACUGGAUGGUUAA